AUUCUUCUCCGCUUUCAUGUUCUACAAUAACAUUCUACAAUACAUAGAUUAGCAUGGGGGCCCUAUGCUCGUGGGGCCCCGGGCAAUAGCCCAGCGUGCCCAUUAGUUAAGACGGCCCUGGCCCGAGGGGAAAGUAAAAUGAGAAGGAAAAAGCAGUGAAUGAGAUGUCGUCGCCGAGAUGCGGCGGGGCGCCGGCGUUGCCUGGAAACCGAAUAUAAACAGUGAGUGCUGGAGUAACUCCGCGGGUCUGACUCAGACAGCAUCUCUGAAGAAAAGGAAUAGGUUGCGUUUAUAGACUCUUGGCUGGAAACCGCAGGCCAGGUUGCCGGGGUAGCGGGGCGCCGCGGGCCUGCUCCUCCGCUCUCGCCGACGGGAGUUUGUGAGACCCGCUCUCACUCUCCCCCCCGGCUCUCGCCGUCGGGACGGGCAGGUGGAAGUUAGACCGCGGCCUGGACAUCGCAGUGUGUGUGUGUGUGUGUUUGUGAUGCAACGGCCUUCCAGUAUCAGGACAAGAGAGAGAGCUGGGGGAUAAAUCCCGGCUCUGCACACGAAUUGAUAAUUGGACAACUCUUUUCAACGGGCAGGGCGACCACAAAAGUCCUUGCAGGCCAUGAAGUGCUCUGGUUGUUGCAAUGGACGAAGCGGCACCUGCAUGGCAUGGCUCGGCACCGGGAGACCGAAGGGGAGGAAUUGUGUCUAUUUUCGGUUUAAACCAGAAUCUGCAGUGCCUUCCUGCACAAUUGGUGGUGUGAUGGACUCGAGAGUUGACAUACUGAUUUGACAUCUGAUUACACAAACGCGAAGCGCCUGGGGAUGUUUUAAACGUGCUUUAUUGAUUUUCGUUUGUCGCUCCAUAAUGCUUUAAAGGUGAAACUUGUCGCUGGGACAACAUCCCAUAAGUCUUGACCUUGCAGAGUGCAGUGGUUUAAGAAGUUGUCACCGCCAUAAAAGGAAGAUCAAUAAACGUUUGUAUUUGACAGCGACGCCACCCGCCCAAAAUGAUCUAUUUUAAAAGUGCAUUCGCUGCGUGCUGAGUUUAUUUGAGCACAUCCGAUUUGUUUUCACGCUCGGGGUUAAACUCAUGGCUUCUAAUAAAACUGAGAAAACAUGGGAUGACUUGCAGGAAAGUUUUAAUCGCAUUCGACAACAGCUUGGCCUUGUUCCCUGGACGCAUCAAAGUGACCGCCCAAAGAGUCAGCUUGUCAGGCAGAAGGUGCACUCCCCACCCAACCUGCCCAGGUUGGUGGUUACAUCUGAUGCAAUUUCCAAAAGACCCGUUGCUGAUCUUCGACGGGAUCACUGGGUAGUGGUUCCUCCACUGUACAAUAACAGUUUGAACAAAGAAGAUGCACCAAGUAAGUCAAUGCACAGCAACUUUCAGCAGCCAAUCAGUCAUCUAAAAUUCUCUCCCAGCCCUGAUGUCGUUAUAGUUAGCUCUACGGAUCAUCCUCUGCAGAAUACAUCUUUAAGAAGACGAGAAGAAGACUAUAAGAUGUCAACAAGAACUUGGAACCCCAGUUCAAGAUUUGAGAGGGAAUUAACAGCCUACUAUCCCUUCAAGGAAAACCUUGCCUGGUACUUCGUUGAUGCAAUUAUUUUGGAGGUGAUUCAAGACAAAUUGGUGCCUGACAUCCUGAUGGAACUGCUAUUAAAUGACAACACUAAGCAUCAACCAGCAUAUGCACAGAGAGUGAAGAAAUCUCACAUUCAGAAUGAAUUGCGAAUAGAUCAACUAGGUGCAUUCAAGCCACGACCAGCUGUGUCAAUAUUGGAAACACUGUUGGAGGAAGAAAUCUGUGAUCUCACAAGAGGAUUGAUCAGAAAUGUUUUUGAGGAGUUUGCCAACAUUCACCUGACCUCUAUCAUCAUCAGUGAAUUUCUGACAGAACUAAUAGAGGAGACGAUUAUACCAAUUCUGCCACAAAUUGUGAAAGAAGCAGUACAUGAGGUGCUGCUGGAGGAGAUCCUGCAGGAAGAUAUCCUUCCAGGCGUGUUAGAUGAGGAAAUGAGGCAUGUUGCACUGCUAGAGUUAAGUGAACAUGCCUCUAAAGUAUAUGAACAGCAGCUAGGGGAGGUCAGAACAUAUGCUGGCAAGCGACUGAUUGACAUGUUUCUUUUGGAGAUUAUGUUGAAGGCUUUGGGAAAUGAAGGGAGAGCAUUCUCUGAAGAGGUUGAGCUGGACAGGAUGUUAGACAGUUCACUGCUUGACAUCCUUUUGGACCAGUACCUCAACAUCAGCCAUUCCAAUUGUACAAAUAUUGACAAUGUGGCACUGAAGGAUUACCAUGUGAAGGCUGAUGUGGCGCUCAAUGUGAUCCUGACAGAAAUGAGUGAACAUAUGGACGAGGACAUGGCUGAUCUUUUCGAGUAUGAAAGACAAGUAGAGGAAGGAGACUUCAUUGAAUAAUGAAGUUGGAUGACCUGGCUGCUGAUGUCAGGGUGGCUCUUUGUAUUCCAGCUUGCUGCAUCAAAAGAAGACAAACAUAUAUUUUCCAUCUUCUCAUAAUUUUAACAAUCUGUAACAAAGCUGUUUUUAAAUUCAAUUUGUUAUUUGAACUAACUGCCUUACAGAUGAACAGUAGCUAUUAAGUUGGCCAAAGCAAAGGAACACUUCCCUGCUCUUGGAGGACCUUGUUCAGCUGUAAAGUGUUUUUAUAAGGAUUGCACUUGAAACAAUGCAUCCGUUGAUCAGUUCUUCAGGGGGCUUUCAGUUUAAUUUAUGGAAGAGUCACUUGACAAAAGAUCUUUUCACUUCAGGAGCCGCUUGGGCACUUCUUCACCGUGCAGUGAAAUGGCAACGUGUGCACAAGUGUGAAAAUGACUUCAGGACCAUUCCUUCUCCACAGAUUAACAAUUGCCAUUCUGCUUCCUUGUACCUUGAUCAUUGCUACAUUCAGUAAUUCUAAUCAAGUGUCUUCAGUUUUGAGGAAUUUGAUGCACAGAUUAAUUGAUAAUGUUAAAUGAAUUGGUCAUGGUUCAAAUGUUUUUUUGUAACACAGAAUAGACAAUAACUGACACUGCAAAGUGAUGCUGUCCGAAAUCUAAUGAAGUGGUUCAGGAGAUUCAUUUAUUGAACGACAGAUACUCAGAGAUGAGUAACUAUGAAGGAUGGCAUAACACAUGUUUUUUAAUGGAGGAAAGUUGUGAUGAAAUUGCUGGUAGUUUGGGAGAAUAAUAGCCAAUAGCAAGGUACCUAUGACUGAUCUUAGACAAUCUCACUUGCAGCAAGUGGGUUUAGGAGUUGAGAAAGAGUAUUCAUCUCCAGCCUACCCCUAGUCCUCUGUCAAUUUAGGUGACAGUCGUGGUUCUGUGGUCGAACUUUAAUCUCCAAGCCAGAUGGAUGGUGGAUUCAAGCCCAACUUCAGAGAUUUAAACUCAAAAUAUUGGCCGACACAAUAACUCAAAACUGAUUAUGCAUAAACUAGAGCCUCCACCUUUGCUUUAAUAAAAAGCGUGAUUAAGUCCUAUCUUGGCUAUUUUGGCUAUGACCAGGCCACAUUUCAGCUUAUUCAAAAUUCAUACUUUGAUUUCCUGUGAAUAAUAUUGCACAAGAAAUUUGUUAGAAUGGUGAUGAUUGAAGAGGGACCAUCGGGCUAUAUUGAAUACUUUUGUAACUUUGUCAGCGCCUUAUACGUGGCAACUCUUUGCAUACUUUGUUUAUUGUGUGCGAAACAAAGAAUUUCACUGUGCCAAGUACAUGUGACAAUAAAGUAAUAUCAUCACCAUGAUAAAAUACUU